UCCCCUCCCCCCGCUGGCAACCCUGCGCCGAGGAAGACAAACUCGCUUAGCAACCUAGCAAUGGAGGAAAGUUACAUGACAGACCGGUCCCAAGCUCCUGCAGGAGUUCACCAUGGACGAAGAGGUGACAGCCAGUUUGCACAAGCACCGAAGAACCACCCUAGAGCGCCUGGAAAAAUACAUAUCAGACACGUACUUCACUGAUGUCAAUCUGAGAGGAAAGCUGUACCCAUUCAAGAAGAACAUUUCAAAAAUAUCUCACUGGAGAGUUCCUGGUGGAGAGGGGAGUUGGCAGCAAUGGAGCUUCAGGCAAAUGCUAACACAAAGUUUCACUCCCAUUAAAGUCGGAGAGUCUUUUGGCCCUACUUGGAGUACUCAUUGGUUCAAGAUUGAGAUAGCUAUACCUGAGGCAUGGAAAGGCCAGCCAGUCCUGUUUCGGUGGAAAAGUCAGUCUGAGGCAAUGAUAUGGAGCAGAAGUGGAGAGCCCUUGCAGACAGGAGACAGUACAGCUUGCAAUUGCUUCCCACGUGUCUUCUGUGCUUGCGACCUGAGACCAACUGGUGGUAGAGCAGGUCGUGCUUUGUUCACCAAGGGCAUGGUUCAGUUUGAGUUCUCAUGCUAG